AACCUCUGGAGCUCAGUCAAGCACAACCCUUCUCUGGAGAACAAGCAUCUUGCUUCUCAGGACCACAGCCAAGAAAAACAUUGCUCGCCUCACUAUGAACACCAAGAUGGUCGUCACCCUCCUCGCACUUUUUCUGGUCUCCGCUGCUCUGACAGAAGAUGUCUCCGUGCCUCCGAAAGAAAGUGAGCUUCGGUGCCAGUGUAUAAGUACUCAUGCCACUAUCAUCCCUCCUUCUAAAAUCCAGGAUGUUAGACUGAUGCAAAGUGGGCCCCACUGCAGUAAUGUUGAAGUUAUUGUUACUCUUAAGGACAGUCGACAAAUAUGCCUGGACCCCACCAGGAACUGGGUGAAGGUGAUCAUCAAGGCCAUACUCAAGAAUGCUCAAGGCAGUGUCUAAUCCCAACUAGAAGGAACAUAUCAAGAUUUUCUUUAUUGAAAUAAACUGAUCAUCAAGCCUACUUUUUUAAAAAAAGCAUUUACUGUAUAUCUACUUUGUUAGAAAGCCUUUUUUAAAAGGAUUUGUCACAAAUGCACUGAAAAUGCCAUAUGAGGAAAGUGUAAAGAUGUGACAGGAAUUGAAGAAAAUUUGGAAAGUGGAACAAAUAGCUGAAAUAAAUAUGAUUGUCUGUC